GCAGUCGGUUAAUGUCCACUGUGAGUUCAGCGAGAGCGUCAGAGCGCGCGACAUCUCCUCAGCUGUCAGACUCCGCGCGCGCUGCGUCUCCAAAACAUCUGCCGUGUCUGCUCACCUAUGCACGGACCCUCACCGGGCUCUCCCCGCUCCCCGCUCUCUACACACUCCCACGGAGUCUCCGGACGCGCGCGGAUUGUCGCUCCUCGCUGCACUUUGCGCACAAACUCUUCCUCUCCACGUUUGUGUCUGCUGCCGCCCCUGUUCACUAUUUCUCUCCUCUGAGGACCCCCCCCCCACCUCCCAGCGUCAAAGCCCCCGGGUUACACUGCACUUUUCCCUCUAUUUUAAGCUCCAGUAAAUAGUUUCGCGUUGAACUCGGACUGAAGAAUGUGAUUGUGGCUCAUGGGGAUUUAGUGUCGUGACAUGCUUUCAGGACCCGGCGUCUCCACAAGGAAAUGUUCACAAACAAGUCCUCGGAGGCAGAGCUGCUCUGCACGCAGAACACAUCUUUCUGGUCUGGUUUAACCUCACAGAGAGGAGCUGAGGAAGCAGCGGAGUAUCAGCUGAGGACUCCCUGCAUUUAUGGUUACAUGAAUGUCAGCGCUGCAGGCCAGAUGCCGGUGAUGGAGGAGCUUGUCAGUGAGAGUGACAGCAUGCCAAAGCGGAUAGCCCUAAUCUGCUUCCUGUCUCUGGUCAUGCUGAUGAGCGUCCUGGGAAACCUGCUGGUCAUGGUGGCCGUCUGCAAGGACAGACAACUCAGGAAAAUCAAGACCAACUACUUCAUCGUGUCCCUGGCGUUUGCCGACCUGCUCGUCUCGGUGCUGGUGAUGCCAUUUGGUGCCAUCGAGCUGGUCCACCAGCACUGGAUCUACGGGGAGACCUUCUGUCUGGUCCGGACGUCGCUGGACGUCCUGCUGACCACGGCGUCCAUACUGCACCUGUGCUGCAUCGCCCUGGACAGGUACUACGCUAUCUGCUGCCAGCCUCUGGUCUACACGUGCAAAAUGACUCCGAUGCGAGUGGCUCUGAUGAUAGGAGGCUGCUGGGUUAUUCCCACCUUCAUCUCUUUCCUGCCCAUCAUGCAGGGCUGGAACAGCAUCGGCAUCGACCACCUGAUCGAGCAGCGGCGUCACAGCGAGGGCAGUAACUCCACUUCCUGUGUCUUCAUGGUCAACAAGCCAUACGCGCUCACCUGCUCUGUGGUGGCGUUCUACAUCCCUCUGGUCCUCAUGGUGCUGGCCUACCAGAGGAUCUAUGUCACAGCUCAGGCACACGCCCUGCAGAUCAGCAUACUGCAGCGGGCGGGAGGAGCCGGUGCAUCGGACUCUGCUGACAACCAGCGUAACCACAGAAUGCGGACAGAGACCAAAGCAGCGAAGAUCCUGUGCAUUAUCAUGGGCUGUUUCUGCCUCUGCUGGGCGCCGUUCUUCAUCACGAAUGUGGUGGACCCCUUUAUAGACUACACAGUGCCAGACCAGCUGUGGGUCGCCUGCCUCUGGCUGGGCUACAUCAACUCCAUGCUGAACCCCAUCCUCUACGCCUUCCUCAACAGGACUUUUCGCCGUGCCUUCCUCACCAUCCUGUGCUGUGGGAGGAAGAGGUACCGCAGGCCGUCCAUCCUGGGGUCCGGUGCCGCCUGCACAGCCACGCAGAUCAACGGCUCAUCACAUGUACUCAAGUAUUCUGUCCUUCACAACGGGAGCCACAUGGAGCAGAAGAAGUCACUGCACACAGACAUAGAGUCCCACGAGUCCUGCUUGUGACCAACGACGACUCCUCAGUCACAAAUCCACAAAGACCUCGUCUCAAACACCACAGAGUCGACAAGAAAGCAUACAGCCGGAGCUUAAACCCAACGCAGAUGCUACAAAUUCAGCACUCAGGCUCCAUCAACCAGAGCCUGAGUGGGACUUUAAAGAUCCAGGCCUUUGAAUGUGGCAGGGACAUGGUGGGCUGGAAUAAAGACCAGUUCUCUUCCUCUGAUGCUUUAUAUGUCAUGAUGAUUCUCUUAGACUGAGCUGUUCUGGUGGAACUGAAACAGGGCUCAAAUGCAACUCUAGAAGAUCCAGCUACUCUUAAGCACCAGAAGGCUUGGUUGGUCUUUGUUGGAGAGUUUUGCAGCCCGGGAUUGUGAAUCAUGACUGGGAGUCAAUAAAGUGAAUUAUGUUGCCAAAGCUAUUUUACAUACAUAGGACCUAUUCCUGAUCAUUAUGAAUCACCCUCUUGUUUUCUAGUAUAAUAUCAGAAAGAUGAUUAUAGUUUUUAUAAAGUUGUCCUCUGUAAUGCAAGUCGAAUAUGUUGGCAAAUUGAUGUGUUAUUUUCUGGAAAAGAGGCAGAGUUGAGAACAAUUUAUUUUUGGAAGCGUCACACUUUUAAUAUCACCUUUCUCAGCCUUGGACACAAAAUUAAAGAACCUCUACGUGUCCCUGGUUGAAGCUUUACAGCUUUGCUAAAUCCUCACUAAGCUGAAACGAAAAAUAUGGUGGCAAGGCUGCGGUAAAGCCUUGACCUAAACUGUCCAAGUGCAUUAUUAUAGAGAGGCUGCUAGCUCGAACUCUGUGUGCAUUCAACAGGAGUCAGAGGACUUUUACAGACUGCAAAAGAAUGAUUCAGACAUUGUGCUGGUGUUGGAGCAGUAUGUGCAUUGUGUAAGUGUGUUUUCAUACGUGUGUGUGUGUGUGUGUGUGUGUGUGUGUGUGUGUGUGUGCGUGCGUGCGUGUGUGAGUGCGUUAAUCUUUGUAUGAAUGAAACCACCUUUUCCCUUCAAACCAUACAGUGCUGAUUCCAUCUUGACACUCCAUGUAUUCCCCUCAUUUCUGCUCACCUUGCAGGUCAGGAUAAAGAAUGACCCACUAAUAUUUUAAUUUGUUCAUAUUUAAGAAAGGAGAACACUAAGACUUAUUAUAUUAACUUCUACCUACGCUGCAUCCUUUCAUUUUAAAGACUCAGUUAUAGUGGAUGUCCUGUUUUCUUUCUCAUUGUUCAACAGUACUUUUGGCUCACAAACUUUACUUAAUAGCCCUCUCAUUAGACGCUACCUGGGAUUUAUUAUAUUUAUUUUACACUACCUGCCCAGCACCAAUCAGUAGAUUGAAAAGUCAACUCAACUCAAAUGUAUUCAUAAGAUGCAUUAAAAACAAUUAACUUUGACUGAAGCGGCAAACAACCAAGAGAAACACUUUAAUUGAAAUAAAAUCAUAUUGAAAUAUUCUUAAUAAGAUUAAAUAUGAGAAUAAAAACAUUACCCACAAGAACAACAAAAACUAAAAAACUAAAAUGUUAGCUUGCUGGAUGAAGUGGUUGGAAAAAUCUGGAGCUUGAUAAUUUUCUCUAAGGAUGUUAAAACCAAAAGAGUAGCUUUUCAUCCCGUCAUUAGAACCACAGUUCAGUUGAUUGAUGAUGUUGCUCUGUGUCUCCUGGAUAUGUAUGUACGCUAGUCGUUGCUAAUGUAUUACCUGUAAAAGCGUCUGAUAGACCAGCCGAUUCAGUAGAGAGAUAAUGUCAGUAGACCUUUUCAAAGUGCGACUCCGCAGCGCCACAGAGCUGAAACGAAGCUCCGCUGUCAUUACACAUUUUAACAUUCAUUUUGAUUCCACAAUGGCUCCUCAAAUGUUUCUCAGCGAUCCUCAUUCUGAAAGUUUAACCGGACAUUACAUAAUGUAUAAUUAAUAACUUAAACAUGCAAAAUGGGAAUGUAAACUGUUAACUCCCAUGCGAGGCUUAACAUGACAAUAACAUGCUAACCUUUUAAGCUUUAGCUAGUUUAUUGAAAACUUUGGUGCGAUACUGAAAUGGCUGUCUGCUUAUUAAAGAACCUCUCAGCACCCAACUGAGCAACCAUUAAAACAUGCACUCGAAAAAACAAUUGACUGAAAGAUUUAUUCCAAGAUAAAACCUUGUUACUUCUUCCUGUAUAACAGUUUCAUCAUGUUUAAACCCAACAAAGGAUAACUUUCAAACGUUGUAUUAUUCACAAACACAAUCUUAGCUGCCUGGUGACAACCCUGCUUCUCCCAAAUGGUUAAAUUUCCAUGGAUAAAGUUGGGAGCCACUUUUGCAAUAUUAUUUACUUUAAAGGGAGACAUUUUUUUCGAAAGUAAAUUUAAUUUGACAUUUUGGAAACAUACUGUAGUUUUCCAAGGACAGAAAAGAAAUGUAGACAAACAGUAAGAAACCAUUUCCUCUAGAGCUAAAGCAGUCACAGAGAAACUCUAAAAAUAUUUGCAUAUGAACAAACAAAGCUCUCUAAAAUCAGACAAUCAGAUGAGGACACUGUUAAGCACCGAUUCACAGGCACAAAGAAAAAGCCAAAAAAAAGAUCUGUACAGGCGAGGUAAUUACAAAUCCCUGCCGAGCCGAACCCAUUGACCCAGUUUGAGGUGUCACAGUUCAGAGGAAAAAUCUAAUCCAGGCUGAAACUUCAUCAGUGACACCAUCUCUCAUGUUACUCCAAAUACAUGAUUAGGAGUCUCAAACAUUACAGCUGAGCCAGGAGAGAAAGAGGGGAAGGUCAGGGGGUUCAGUCAGGGUAUCGAUGAAACCUUAACAUGAACAUGAGUCCACUUCACUCAAAUCAAAAUCUUUACCAUCAGGUUUGAAAAUGUGUCAUUGGAGAUGGUGACAUGAGUUUAUGACACUUGAUGAGUAAUAUUCUGAGUUGAUAUUCUGUACCAAACACGGUCCAACAGAGGUACCAGAGCUGAAGACAGAUGGUCAUGAAGGCAGCUCAGGGGAGGACGAUGGGUCACACAAACACUGGACUUUAAUCCAUGAUAACAAGCUCCUGGGAGACUUAAAAUCAAUGCUGACUUAAUUUAAAACCACAAUCUUUUUCUUUACUUAAUGAAGUAGUUUAAGUUAUAAAACAGCUGUUUCACAACAGUAAUCACAAUAUAGCAAUACUUUUCCUUUCCAACCACACUAUAUGUCAUCAUGAAUUGCGGUUCAGAGCCUUUUGCGGGCGUGAAGUGACUUUUGAUUCCUCUCAGACGUUUGUUUGAGCUUCAUUUUAGUUAUGUUAUAAUAUAUUUAGUUAUAUUUUUUCAUAUGUAUCAAACACAAUCUAGAUGACCUUAUUAAAUACUGUGAUAUGACAUUACCGAUUGGACCAUUUGCCAACAACAGAUGUUCUCCAAACUUCAUUUGGCCAUGUCAACUUUUGUUUAUGUCUCCACUUAUUAAGAGGUGUUGUAAAGAAUCUGAUUUAAAAGAAAUCUGAGCUGAGAUUGGGAAACAUGCGCUGAAAUGUUUUUUUCAGAAGAUAUCACAGAGGCUAAAAAUUGUUUCUAUUUUAAUCGAUUAUUGAAGAACAAUGUAUGAACACGUCCACAAAGAAGUCUUUGGCUCCAUAGGGUCGCAGAUUUAGCCUUUUUACAAACUGUCACAUUCCCGUUUUCAUCAUCUUUAAACCCUUUAUUUUCUCGUCAAACAAAAAUGUGUUUGUUUGUUGUCAUGCUUUUCUGUUUUCCUUUUAAUUUGUCCAUCCUGUUCAAAAGCUGCACACUUUCACCGCUGCAGUUUCCAUGACAUCCCUGCAAGCUUGAUGUCAUGUCACUGCAUGUCAGUUCUUAUGUGAGGAUGUCUGUGCAUGAGUGUGUAUGUUUGUUUGCGCAUGUGUGUGUAGAUCUGUGUGACUAUUGAAACUUAUUGAACUCAGGCUCGCCCUCUGAUAUGAUAAUGAAUGAGCUGAAAAGAGUAAGCAGUCCAUUUUUGGGGAUAUACCAAACAUCAUCAAGAGAUACAAAAACAUAAAUCCAUCUGGGAACACUCCAGUUAGGAUCCAUCUGACAGAAACCAAGGGUGCUGUCACUCUUGAAACUAGAUUUAGGUAGAUUGAAACUAAGAGAAGACUUCCCCAAGUGGAAAUAGAAAUCUUUGUUAGAAAUCUUUAUUUUUAUUUCCUGAACUUCAGAAACAGUCAGAGCAUCCAUCCACCUAUGAAGGAAUAUGGACUCAAGUUAUGAUUGUCGGCCCUCAAACUCCUCGGUUCAGUUGUGGUAUGUGAGCGUGAUGUUUCCAUGAGAUCAUCAGUUAUACGAUGCACAGUGUUGGCCCUGAAAACAAAGUGAAUGAAGAGAGGUGGUCAAUGGUCAACUGACAGAGAUGGAUGAUAUAUAUCUCCCACUGUUCCUUAGAGAAAUAGAAACCUUCACAAAAUAUCUCCUCUGACACCUGGUUAGCUUCCAAAAUCCUCUAUUUGGAAUCAAAAUAUUCCAAGAUUGUGCAAGAAAACAAUUUGAGAAAAUGUAAAAUCACUUUGUCUUCUGUGUUUUUAUAACUAUCAUGUAGAAAUCUUUGGAUUGUAAUAAAAGCUUUCACACAGGUAUAAGCACAAUAAGGUACACAAUCCCAGACCUGGACCAGCCAUUCUUUUCUAGCGUUGUAGCAGUUGCAUGUUUGGUGAUUAGCUCUUCCACGUUUCAAUAAGUUCCUUAUAAAGAAUGAGAUGUUAAAAAAAAGCUUAAAAUUUGACUUGAUAAGCCAUGCAAACAAAGAGCUGUGGGACCAUCUUUGAUUGAAAUAUAGAACGUAUUAUCAUAGUUCUGAUAUUGUGUAAUUUGAUUGAAUCAUAGUUUGCCCUGUUUGCUCAUGAAGCAGCACAGGCGGCAACAAAUCCGCAAAUCAAUGAGAUGCUGUGCAAAAAAAUCCUGCAGGUGAUUAACUGAUACCAACGUUUAAAAGUACCAAGGUUGAAUUUGGAUUUCUGUCUGAGCUAAAGAAAAAAAACAACACUGCCACAUAUACAGACCAACAUGCUCCAGUAUGUCAAGGCAAUUUUGUCAAGGCAAGUUCUUCACACAAGACAACAAUACAUCAGGAUAAAGGGACAAAGAAACACAUUACAAGUUGACAUUUAAAAAUGAUUCAAGCAAGCCUUUAAAAAUCCAAAAGAAAACAACACAGAAACAGCUGAAACAGAAGUCAAAAGGUAACAAGACCCUGAGUUUCUUAAAGUGUUGUGGUACUCGAAAUCGGCCUUGGUCUCAAUGCCACUUUUUGAAGGUCUAGGUCCCGCCUCAGAAUCAAAAGCAUCUGUACUCGGUCUUGUCUUGGUCUCAGACUGGGCGGAUUCUAGAUUUUAAAUUAAGACCGGUCAAGACGACCACUGAUUGGCUAUUUUUCGACGUCACUUCUGUGAUCAGAAGGAAAACUUCUAAACAAGAAAUAAGUGCAAUUCAAUUAUAAUUACAUUUUUAUCCGCUGGUUGUAUCCCCAACCUUCGCUGUGUUUCAGUCUAAGUGAGUGGCACGCCCCCUGCACACAAGAUGAUGAUUUUUCAUUGAUAUUUAUGGUCUUGGUCUUGUCUUGGUCUCGCCCUUGACUUGGUUUGAUCCCAAAAUAUCUUGGUCUUGUCUCGGUCUUGGAGCACUCUGGUCUCGGGUAUGUCUUGGUCUCGGUCGGUGUGGUCUUGACUCCAACACUAGUUUAUUCAGUUGUAUUCUGACAGGGUGAUGAGUGAUGGUGUCAUUGAUAGAUAAAAAGGAAAAUGGUAGAUAAUUAUUUAAUUUAAUUCCUUGAAGAUCCUUUAUCUGUCCUCCUUACCUUCAGCAGAAUCUGAAGCCUUAAAAAGUCGUUGGCCUACCAACCAUAUAAUAUAGGUCAAAAUGAUCUCUUCAUCAACACUCGUUCUAAUUGAAAAGAAGCUGCCCCCGCUCAGUAUUACUUCUGAAACAGGAGCUCAAGUAAGCAAGAGUUAAUACAAAAUAAUCAUCAUUCAUCUUUGCACAUGUGCGUGUGACCUUUGUUCAAAUGCUGGAUUAUGUACUUCAUGUGACUUCACAGGUAACAUUUGGUAUUCAAGUUCUCAGCACAGCCUCUUUGCCUGUUUUAGUUGCACAAUUGGAAUUUCCCUUGGACAUGAAAACAUCUUCAAGCCUUUAUAAAUGUCCAUUGCAGAAUAUCUGAGUCAAAUGCCCUUAUUUUGUGCAGAAGAAAUGGAUUUGAGCCAAUCAGAGGUUUUCAAUGAACGGUUCUGUGUCUUCUGAUAGAGAGGCUAACAAUGAAAUGUUCAGGAUACACCUGUCAUUUUUGCAACUCCCUCCUUUGUGUUCGCAUCAUUCCUGCUCUGUAUCGCCUUCAUCUCUUUAAUUUAUUCUUUUCUGUUUGCAGCUUACGGCAUGAAUGUGUAAAUAAUGAGGAAAAACUCACACAAACUGUCCAAAGGAGACAGGGAGAACAACUUUUAUAAAACUCUUCAGUAUUUAUUUUGACAGAACAAAAUGGGUAUUUUCAUGUAUUAAAAAGAACAUAAAAGGCUUCUCUUUUUGGCAGCUGAGAUGUGUAUGACUUUUUUCUGUUGCUAUGUGACAGUUCUGAUAAAGGCUAAUUAAAGAUUAAAGCGAUGUUGAUAAUC